AUGAUGGCAUCGACAGGAGAUCAUGGAGCUUCAGGAUCUCUCCUCUUCCUCCUUGACGGCAUCGUACUGAGAUCCUCACAGCUUGGCGCCGACAGCGAGAUUGGGAGUCAACAGCGGACUUGGGGCGAGCGAAGCCAAAUCGCGACGAGAGACCAGAUUGCGACGAGGACCAUAUGCUGCAUCACGGUCAGCCCACCCUCAUUACACCGCGGAGUCCUCACCGUGGCUGACGAGCACCUAGCAUUGAUGGCACCCGACAAGUCAGCAGCGCCUUUCUCGACCGAUGCGGUGGACGCCUCCUCGUCCUUACACCGCUACAUUGCCAAGGCAGCUGAUGCAUUCACAGUCUCGACAGCAGCCGGCAAGCCACCAAGUCCUCUGCGCAGCCGACACCUCGCCAUCGGCGGUGGGCCAUCAGCAGCACUCCUGCACUGUUCAAGAGCAAAAGUCACAGCUCCUGGCCGAUUCAGCACACCGAGACUGCGUGGUGUGCCCAACCGCAACCAAGCCUUGAAAGUCACUACCUGCUCCCUUGGCCUCCAAUCACUUCCACCCGAUGAUCCUCUUUCUAACAUUAAGACUCCGCCUGGAAACUCAAUAGCAUCAACACAGAGAAGUCACCUCUCCAUCCUCCAGCGGUUCAAUCUGCUGACCACUUUCUUCUGCAGUUUCUUUGGACUAAAUCGUGUUGGGUUGGCUUCAGAAACGCUCGCCAUUCUUGCCUUCUGGCAUGGGAGGUUGGUUGUGACAGCUCGCCAGGCGAUAUUGGGCAAAGGAGGGCAGACUCAGCUGAGGACCUUGACGCUCGAAACUCCUGAGCCCCGUCACGCAAUGCCGUACAUGUCGUAUUGGGCCUUAACAGCUUGGGCGAUGAGUGCGGUCACAGAACCAUACGAGUCAACGUGUUCUCAACGACAAACAUGCAAGACAUGCGCGCUGGUCACGGCACAGGUCGGCGGCGCCAUUGUCUUGGUGAAGGUAUCUGCUGACAGCAAUUCGACCUUGAUGGAAUGCCAGGUCGGCUACAGUACGGAGGCCUCUCCGUCCUGCCGCCGCUUGACUUUCACGCUACCACAGUCUUGGCAAGCCACAUUCACGCUUCCAAUUUUCCUUUUUGCUUGCUACGCCCGAAGGUGCCUCGCCGCGAACGCAUCCCGACCACCGCGCCAUCACGGAGCAGCUACUCACGUAGUCAGCGCUGAGCAGAGCAUCACCGCCCACAGACCUACCUCUUACUGCCCCGCGCCGGGCGUGGCGUCCUGUGUGCCUUUCCCCGGUCUGCUCUGCAACUACCUGCCGAUCUCUUCUUCGCUAGCUUCGCCGAAACGGCCACUCUAA